AUGUCUGCUCCAAGCUCUUCCGGUCCUUCAGGGGGCGUCGGACCGUCACGGCGAACAUGGGACAAGGACGACUUCACACGCAAGGCCAUGUCUCGCGAGAAGCGGCAGGCUGAACUCGACUCGGUCAAUGCCGAACGACGCUCCCAAGGUCUUCCGCCUCUCAAGCGGCUCAAAUCCACCGCACCCGAGCCCGAACUCUCGAUGCAGCAGCGCUCCACCCCGCUCGGACUCGAAAAGAACCAGGGCAAGACGCUUAUGGUGGAUCUUUCGUCCGAUUCGGGUCAAACCGGUCCCGGCUUCUACUGCCAAACAUGCCGAAAGCUGCUCAAGGAUAACCUCGCCUAUCUGGACCACAUCAACGGACGCGUGCAUCUGAUGCGCAUAGGCCAGUCGACACAACAGGACAGAGCAAGUCUGCAAGAUGUUCUCGAUAUGCUCGAUAGGUUGAGACAAGAACGAGGCGCUGGCAAGCACAAGAGUGCAGCGUACGAUUUCGAUCAGAGGAUCAAGAGCAUCGCCGACCAACAAGACAUGGAGAGGCAGCAGAGAAGGCAGAAACGCAAAGACGCAAAACAGGCCAAGAAGAGCAACGCGUCCGCAGACGUCCAACAGCCAGCUAAUGACGAUGACGACAACAUGAUGGCCGCAAUGGGCUUUGGCGGCUUCGGCUCCACCAAGAAACGUUGA